AUGGCAUGUAAAAUAUUCUCUCGUCUUUUUUCACUUCUUUUAAUUCUUCUAAUCACCAUAACAAUACUUGAUGCUGCCGAUCCAACUACUACCCAAUCUGUCAAAAAUCAGUCCUCAAAAAAUGUCGUACCACCAACACGGUCUUCUACCUCACAAAUUCGCUCGACAUCGUCAACAGUCUUUCAAUCCUUACCGCCAUCACCAACACCAACACAACAAUAUAACCAUGAUUUCAAUUCAUUGCCUGGAAAUCCAGAUCCGGAACAAAUUAAAAUUAUCACAGCCACAACUAUUAAACAUUAUGGAACGAAUAAGUCGGCUAAGCCUACGGGAAUCGCGAUUACACAUGCCGAAAAUGGGGCGGCAAAUAAAAGGACAAAUUUUGGUGUUGUUCUUGGGAUGGCCUUUGUGGGAAUUAUUGUGCUAUUAUUCUAA